GUGAGUUGAGGUUAAGUACCUAGCUAGCUUGCUUGCUUGCUUAGUGAUAUGGGCAGACAACCUUGUUGUGAUAAGCUGGGCGUCAAGAAAGGCCCAUGGACGGCCGAGGAAGACAAGAAACUCAUCAACUUCAUCCUCACCAAUGGCCAGUGCUGCUGGCGAGCUGUCCCUAAACUCGCCGGUCUCCUCCGUUGCGGCAAAAGCUGCCGCCUUCGUUGGACCAAUUACCUCCGUCCUGACCUCAAGAGAGGUCUCCUUACUGAAUCUGAAGAACAAUUGGUCAUCGACCUCCAUGCUCGUCUUGGAAAUAGGUGGUCGAAGAUUGCUGCGAGAUUGCCGGGAAGAACUGAUAAUGAGAUUAAGAAUCACUGGAAUACCCACAUCAAGAAAAAGCUUACCAAGAUGGGAAUUGAUCCAGUCACCCAUGAACCCAUCAAUAAGCCAUCUACUACUACCAAUACAACUUCUACAGUAGAUGAUCAUCAUCAGCCAGAGCCUGAGCAGCUCCGACCACCGUUGCCUCAGAAAACAGAAGAAAGCCAAGCAACCUCGGAGGAAAAUUCAAGCUCAUCACAACCUGAAACUUGUUGGGGAGCUGAGUCUGGAUCUAGUUCUGAUAAUAAUAGGGAAGAUGACCCAUUAAUGAACUUCCUAUGGGAAAAUGAUACACCUUUUCUUGAUGCAUCUUGGGAUUUUCCGGUAACGCCGUCUGCCGGAAACACCAUUAACAAUGUCGAUAUGUCGGCGUGCGAGGAGAAUUGUGCUAAUUGGUUGUUGGAUUGUCAGGAUUUCAGUGUUGAAGAGUUUGGUUUUGGUUGUUUCAACGACGUAGGAGUAGACAUGGGCAUGAACAUUAACAUGAUGGACAUGGUUGAUGAGAAGCUCUAACUUGCACCUCGGAAGUGACAAUACGUACAAUCACCAAGCA